CUUCCAAAUAAAGGCACCUUUGUUGCCUCCUCUUUGGCUGUCCGGAGAGGAGGAGAAGGAGGCCGCACCAAUUCUAUCUGGGAGCGCGGGCGGGCGGACGACCAAAAUAAAAAUGCCACUCGGCGGCAAGCCCGCGGCUUCGUCGAAGCCGAACCCCUUCGACUCCGACUCGGACUCGGAGUCCAAUAAUAAGCCGGCGGCGAAGAAGUCCGGGGCGUACCAGGCCCCCGCCGACGCCAAGAAGCGGUACAAGGACGGGUUCCGCGACGCCGGCGGGCUGGAGAACCAGUCGGUGGAGGAGCUGCAGCACUACGCCGCGUACAAGGCCGAGGAGACCACCGACGCGCUCGAGGGCUGCCUGCGCAUCGCCGAGGACAUCAAGAAGGACGCGUCCGACACGCUCGUCACCCUGCACAAGCAAGGGGAGCAGAUCAGCCGCACGCACGAGAAGGCCGUCGAGAUCGACCAGGACCUCAGCAAGAGCGAGUCGCUUCUCGGCAGCCUUGGCGGCUUCUUCUCCAAGCCAUGGAAGCCCAAGAAAACCAAGCAGAUCAAGGGACCCGCGCACGUGUCACGAGAUGACUCGUUCAAGAAGAAGGCCAGCCGCAUGGAGCAGAGGGACAAGCUCGGGCUGAGCCCGCGAGGGAAGCGCGACCCUCGACACUACGCCGAGGCCACCGAUGCCAUGGACAAAGUUCAGAUCGAGAAGAAGAAGCAGGACGACGCCCUCGAUGACCUCAGCGGCGUGCUGGGCCAGCUCAAGGGCAUGGCCGUCGACAUGGGCAGUGAGCUUGACAGGCAAAACGAAGCGCUGGAUAAUCUGCAAGGCGACGUGGACGAGCUCAACUCAAGGGUGAAGGGAGCCAACCAACGUGCGCGCAAGCUGGUCGCCAAGUAGGCCGCCUCAAAGUCAAACGUGGGAGAGGGCGGCCGGGGAGCCUGAAUUUUCUUGGGGUUUGCAUCACGAAUCGCCCUCGCGGCCGGCAGCAUGGGUUUUAAUUGCUUGUAACGUGUAUAUAUUGCUCUCCCAUUACAUAGAGAGCGUCAGAAAAUGUUCUUUUUCCUUGUUGACCAAAGUUGUAUGUAUGUAUGUAUAAUGUCAAAGGGAAGCUGCUAGUAUCGUCA